GCAAAUUUUUACUAUAGUCAUUAUUUUAAUCUUAAAGACAGGUGCUUAGGAGUAAAUAUAUUUAACUUGCUCUUUAAUGGGCUUCUGUGUUAAAUGUAUGGAAUUUUCUUGUUGUUGUAAUUGUAAUAGCUUCUUGUGCCUUCAUCUGUCUACAGAGAAGUCCCAGGAAUCUACAGCUAUUUUGUUUUUUUGCAGCCUUUAUGAUAAGUCCUUAUAAUAUAGACUACUGAUUUCUUCUCUGUAUCCUGCUCAUUGUUGAAAAGCCAGAGCUAUUUUUAACAUUUACACAAUUUCGAUAGACGAUUCUCCCUUCCACAAGGUUUGGUGCUAAAUCUGUGGAGACGUUCAUAAUCAUAUCCUUUUUGUGGUUUGUGUGAAUUUGAUCACAGUGGCUGAUUUCAUGCAUUGAUAAUGAAGGCUUAGGUUGCCUGUUUCUCGGCAUAAAUCCACCUCAGACUUGUAGGUUGACAGUGCUUCUGAUUUCAGCACGCAUGGAGAUAUAGAAUUGAAAUUGCUUUGCUUUCUUUACAAAUGACUCAGAAUGUGCUUGUCCUUCCCUAAAAUGUUGCCAGCGUGUAAAGGAUUUUCAAUGAGCAGUGCAAUAAGCCAGCAUCUGGGAAGGUUUGGAGCUGCACUGAUAUAACGUGGUACUGUCACACAGAUAAUCAGGGCUGGAGUCAAGUCUCGGUAACACUGUGCAUUAUACUGUCACAUACUGGAAGUUUUAUUUAUUCAAGUUGGUUGCUGUCUAGGCUGGUGAAAGCCCUGCCAGGAUGUGGAGUGGACUUCCUAGUAGAGAUGGAUCCUGUGCAAAAAGCAGUCAUAAACCACACAUUUGGAGUGUCUAUUCCCCCAAAGAAGAAACAAGUUAUUUCUUGUAAUGUCUGUCAGCUUCGCUUUAACUCGGAUAGCCAGGCCGAGGCCCACUACAAAGGAAGUAAACAUGCCAAGAAGGUCAAAGCACUAGAGGCAACGAAAAAUAAACCCAAAAUGGUUUCUUCCAAGGACAGCGCAAAGGCUAAUCCCAGCUGCUCCAUCACUCCAAUCACAGGCAACAGCUCUGACAAAUCAGAAGAUAAAGGGAAGUUAAAAGCCAACAGUUCCAGUCAGCCGUCAAGCUCUGAAGGUGGCUCAUUUCUCCUCAAAUGUGGCACAACACCCCUACCACCUGGAGCAGCCACUUCUCCCUCCAAGAGCACAAACGGAGUUCCUGGUACUCUUUCUGAAUCAGAAGAAGAAAAAGCCAAAAAAUUACUCUAUUGUUCACUAUGUAAAGUGGCUGUGAACUCCCUGUCACAGCUAGAGGCACACAACACAGGCUCUAAACACAAGACAAUGGUUGAAGCUCGUAAUGGGGCUGGUCCAAUUAAGUCCUAUCCUAGACCUGGAUCAAGAUUAAAGAUGCAGAAUGGCAGUAAGGGAUCAGGACUACAAAACAAGACAUUUCAUUGUGAAAUCUGUGAUGUUCAUGUUAAUUCAGAAAUUCAACUCAAACAGCACAUUUCUAGCCGGAGACAUAAGGAUCGAGUUGCAGGGAAACCACUGAAGCCGAAAUACAGCCCUUACAACAAACUCCAGCGGAGCCCAAGUAUUUUAGCAGCAAAACUUGCAUUCCAGAAAGAUAUGAUGAAGCCUUUGGCCCCGGCCUUCCUGUCCUCGCCCCUGGCAGCAGCAGCAGCAGUGUCCUCUGCACUGUCGUUACCACCAAGGCCGUCUGCCUCGCUCUUCCAGGCUCCAGCCAUACCUCCAGCUCUCCUGAGGCCGGGCCAUGGGCCCAUCAGGGCCACUCCUGCCUCCAUCCUCUUCGCUCCGUACUAGUGUCUGCAAGCUCUGAGACAGUUGAGGCCAGUAGGAAAGUUGAGAAAGAAAGCCAAAAUGAUUAAGCAUUUUGUGUUGCAGUGCCCCUACCCACAAAAUGUAGCAUCUCACCCCUAACCCCAGCUCCAAAGAUAAGUAAAUCACUAGAUUCAAGAGUGCUUUAUAGACCGCUUCUAUGAUUUAGGGAUCUGAGCAGCAAGGCUAUGUAACUCUAUUCCCUCCUCUCCCCACCCCACCCCCACCCCCCACCAUCUGUCUGAUUCAAUUCGUGUACCUGAGAUAUUUGGUUUCUUGAGAAUGUAUUGCUCAGAAAAGAAAAAAAAAAAUCACUCUCUGACAUUUUUCCCAUGGGUGUGAUCUGGCUUAGAAACAAUAUGGAAUGUUUUCCUGACAGACUUGAAAAUUAGGGUCUUCCUCAUACGUCUGUAAAUAACUCUGAAAUCCAACUGGGCAUAUACUAGUGUGGAACAAAAAAUAGAUGAACACAAGUGCUCACUUGUGGAUACCAUCUUACCAACAGAUCACAACGUUUUCUCUUUGGUGUACUAUUGUUGACAGGGAUUGUGUACUGUUUUAGACCCAAGUACUGUUGUAUCUUGUGUAGUACUAGAUCUGUAUCUCUUGUCUGAAUUAAACAUUUUUAGUUGCUGUGUAAAUGUUAGGAAGCAAAAUAGCUUUGAACUUUCUCUUCAAGAGAACAAAAGAUAAAGUAAUGUAUUUUCUUUAUUUCACAUUUUAUUUGGAGAUAUUUAAAAGAAAUAGAAAGCCAUAUAACAUAGCUAUAAUUACUACCUGUUUGCUAUUUUUGGUUAACUUAUUUUGUAGCUUCCUCACCAAUUUGAGUUGCUAAGCAAAUGUAUACAAACAGAAAAAGAGCUUCCUAAAUUGCACAUUUUUGCACCUCUUGUACAUUCUGCAAGAAGACAAUGAAUCCAUGUAUUUCUACAGAAUUAUCUUCAUUUUUAACUUGUUCUCAUUUGUAAUGAUGCUACAUAAUUUUGUGGCUCCCUAAUGCAAUAAUGUACAGAAGAUUAAAAAAAAAAUUUAUAAUUGAACAACUUGUCCUUCUGUUCACUAAAUAUGUUGCAAGUCCUGUCCCCAUGCCCCCCUUUCUAAGCUGAUAUCAACAAGACUGGAAUGUUUGUGAUAUCAGGGGCAAGAGGUAUCAUAAAACAACAAAAUAGAGUGAACUCUUUUAGAGCAUCUAUAUCUGCAACCUAUAAAUGGUAAAAUGUCUGUGUAUUUUUUUAAAUGUAUCUUUUCAAUAAAAGUACAAAAAAUAAAAA